AUGUCGUGGUGUCUCACAUCUCUCGCUCUACUACUGAUAUGUCCCGGGGCGCUGGCCACCGGAUGGGAUGACUUCGCCGAUGAUCUCGCCACGGACUUGGCCCCCCUCAUUUCCCUCUUCGGCGAACGCCUCAGCACGCAAUUCCUCUCCGAAUCCACCAGCCUCCUCGACAACUUCCUCUUCUGCGUCGCCCCCAUCGGCAUUCUCACGGCCGUGGUCUCCGUCAUCCGGGUAUGCGGCAACUCCUCUCUGCGCGCCUUCAUCGGCCGCGCACAAGAAGGGCCCGGGGACGCCGAGAAUGAGCUCCUCUCGUGUGUUUCCGAGAUGACGGCGGAGAUGUUCAACGAGGGCGGCAUCUCAAGAGUCCUGGGGAGACCUCGGAUGCUUGAGGUUGUGGGGUGGGAAGACGUGGAUGCUCAGACCCAAGAGCGCUCCUUCCGCGUUGGGACCCUGCGGGACGCUCUCCAGGAGGGCGUCUGGGUCGCCGGCAAGGGGAACUGGAUCCUCGAUGAGAAGGGGUAUCUCCCCGAGCUGGACGUUCCCAAUCUGUCCCUGAAUAAGGGGAUUGAAAGGCGGAGUCAGGGGUGGUUUUAUGCGGCGGCUGUGACGGGGGUGGUUUUGCAGGGUGGAGUCCUCAUCUACGCCGCAAUAACAGUGUACCUCUUCCCCCAACAAUUCAAAAAAGACGGCUCCCUAGUCGUCAGCUACGCCUUCCCGCUCUUCCUCCUCGGGACGAUGAUGCUCUGCACGGGCAUGUUCCUCUGCGCAUUCAUCAUCGAACGCGCCUCCACCGAAUGCUACCUCCGCCCCGCAACCCCCAGCAAAAUCUACUGGCUGCAGCCCGGCGAGCAGGAAGUCGGCGACCAGGUCUUCGGCGCGUUUCUCGGGGUCAAUGAAGGCCCCGGAUCCACGUUGACCCAGAAUCUGAUGUAUAUUAAAUCGGUACGGAGCCCGGAGAAUCCCGGGAAGAGUUCCCUGCUGUUGUAUUUCACGGUGGCGGUUACGAUGGUGGGCUUUGUGUUGCAGUUUGUGGGGGAGAGGGGGCUGCAUGCGAGUGUUAUUCUGGCGGAGAUGGGCGCGACGUUUGUCAUGGCGGUUGUGAGGACGUGUCUGAGGACGAAGAGGACGGGGCCGGAGGAGAAUAGGCUGAAGGGGGAGGAGAGACAUCUUGUCGAGCAUAAGAAGCAGGAGUUGGAUUGGUUUGCGUUUUAUCUUCUUGGGGUUGAGGGGUUUCGGUUGGUUUUGGAUGCUGGGUUAUCGUCUGGGACAUCGUCUGGGACAUCUCAAACUUCAAGUCAAUCACCCAGUCUAGGGGCCAGACUGAUGCAAACGAGGAUUCAACUGGCGCGGCUCACGUCCAACCCCGACGAAGAAUCAAGUCUGGCGUGGGAUGACCUCCCAAUCAGGCGGGUGGCUCGAAACCUCGCAGACACGAUUGAAUCUACAAUGAACAUCCUGUCAAGCUGGAAGAGCAUGUCUGGGGAUACUGCUGGUUUCGAUCUUGCGUUCACCUGCCAGUCUCUUGACAAGACUACAAGUCCCACUACAGAAACCUACACCAUCAAGCUGGAAAGAUCCGAAGACACGCUACAAUGGAAAGUCGACGAAACCGAGCUUGAAGCCGUGCUGGGACUAUGGACAUGGUCACUUCUGAAAUCCGAUCCGAAAUGGCUCCAUAGCGGACUAGGUCGCGCAGUCGGACUAACAAUAUCCGAAGCUGGGAAGGAAGAAACCGACCUCUAUUUCCAUAAAUGGAUCUUUCGCCAGCGAGAAGCAAAGAUGGUUUCAUCCAAGAUGAUCCCAUUCGACCAUCAACUCUUCGGAUACUACUCUGACACACACCCGAAUGACAAGUCAAUCCUCACCGUGAAAACAAACAACACAUUAGAAACCAUGGCUGCUCAGGAUAUCUUCAUCCAAUUCCUUCGGAGUGCCCUCCAAGCUGCUGCCAGAGCUUGCUGCGGACUCGAGCAGGGUCAGGGUGCAAAUUGA